AUAAUAGUUUUCGAGYAAGUCUCCAGUGGCUGCAGAGGAUUUCUCAUGCCAUUCCUUAAGCAAGGUAUUGGUCAAACAGCACUCACAUGACUUGGAGUUGAGCUGCAUUUUUGGUAAUGUCAGAGGAAAUGUUUGAAUUGGACCCUUGGGAAUGCUGAGAAUCGCGGGAAGAAGUUUUCGUCUUCCUCCCUGCAUUCCAGAGAGCAAAUAUUUUGCUGCAUCUCAGAACCUACUCGUGUGAAAUACUGGGCAGUUGAAAUUCUUUGCUUAUCACACCAGUGCCUCUAUUAGGAGAGGUUUUUUUUUUUUUUUUUCUCCCAGACUAGUGCACAUUGUAAUUUGGGAACACUUUUGCUGCUUGGGUAUUUGGUGACCUUACAGACAAAGGAUGUGAAGGAUGAGAARCUGCUUCUGGGAGAAAUGCCUCUUGGUAAUAUGAUUUUGCUAUGGGUAUUAAGGAUUUAUUCCUCACUGGGAGAACAGUUAGUUACUGAUGUYACAUAGGCAAGGUAAUGUUCAUGGAAAAUCCUAGUCUAAUUUGAGAUUCAGGAGGUUACUCUGAGAACUUCAUUAAAACCAUAGAACAAGAACACUAAAAUUUGUUGUAACUCCCCAUCUGUCACAGAAGUUUUUAACUGCUUUAAUAAAAAUACUUUUUUCCUUUUUUUCAUUGGGAGGUGGGAGGGAAUUACUCUCUUCUUGUCUUCAUUUCAGUUUUGAAAGUCACGGUGGUACGAUUUUUCUUCUAAAAACCUCAGAAUUUAACACUUUGCCUUCAUAUUGAAGCAUGCUUGGUUGCUCCAAGUUUCCGAAAAACCCCAAAUUAAUCAACCUUCAGCAAAAAACAGUCUAUAUUAAAACGCUUUUUUGAAUUUUACUGAUGUAUUGUGUGUUAAAAUUAUGAUGUGCAAGGGUUAGUUCAGCCUUUUCCUAAGAAAACAACUUUUUAUGAUGGUCAAAGAUUAGAAAUUCUGUUCAGGUUUUAUCUUUUACAGUGAAUCGAUAAAUUGCUGGUUUUCACCUUUUUUUUUUACUGUCUUGGUAGACAAAUGCAGCAAUAAAAAAWAAUAUCCUUUAAACUUUUAUUGGGAUCUCUUGCUGCCAGUGCUUUUAAAGGUUACAUUUCCUAUGUAAUGUGUGCAGAUGCUCCUGAAAGGCUGAUGGGCAGUUCUGACUAUGUCUUGGGCUAUCUUGGGUUCUCAGGAAGAGCUUUGGUUAAACAGGAAUUUUAACAUGCAAUCACCAUUAACUGUUUUAGAUGUAAAAACGUGAAAAAUAGAUUUUUAAAUUUUACUAAAGUAGAUGUAAAUAUUUGUAUUGACUAUUUUUGGACUCUAUAUUCCCUUUUAGUGCAACCUUUACUGUCACCUGAGAAUCAGAUGGCCUUCUUUGUCUUAAUCAUCAAAGCCUUAGAAAACAAAGUGGCUGUUGGAAGGUUGCUAUACCUGGGAAAUCUGAAGUAGUUCUCCUCAAACCAAACAGCACAGAACUCACAGGUUGCCAUGUUUAUGUUGCUCGUGUUUGGAUUACUACUGCAAGAAAUUCUGGCUAAUUCCCAAGCUGAAAAUCCUACUGAACUCCCAAGCAUUCAGGAAGAGCCAUUAUAUAGCUACAAAGCCAUCAACUUGCCAGAUGAGCACAUCCCCUACUUUCUGCACAAUAACCAGCASGUUGCUGACAUCUGUAAACAGGAUGCUCUUUGCCCAUAUAAAAAACACUUGAAGAAGCUAAAAUCCUGCUGGGGUUAUGAGAAAUCUUGCAGAUCAGAGAACAGGUUCAGUUACCCGGUGUGUGAUUAUGUUGAAACUGGAUGGGCAAGUGACAUCGAGACAGCCCAGCAAAUAUUCUGGAAACAAGCUGACUUUGGAUAUGUUCAAGAGAGGCUCAGUGAGAUGAAAACCCACUGUAAGCCUGCAGCAACAGGRGAUUCAUCUCUGACCUGUUCCCAGUACCUUCAGCACUGCAGAGCAACAAACUUGUACAUUGAUUUACGAGCUGUAAAGAGAAACCACGACAGAUUCAAAGAAGACUUUUUCCAGAAGGGAGAAAUUGGCGGUCAUUGCACCCUCGACGUUCAAGCAUUUUUGGCUGAAGGUCAGCGCAAGAGCCCUCUGCAGUCUUGGUUUGCAGAACUCCAGACAUUUACUGCAUUAGACUUCAGGCCUUUAGAAGAUGGGAWGUGUGACAUUGUUAUUGAAAAGCCAACAUACUUCAUGAAAUUAGAUGCAGGUGUUAAUAUGUACCAUCACUUCUGUGAUUUUGUCAAUCUWUACAUUACCCAGCAUAUCAAUAAUUCCUUCAGUACUGAUGUCAACAUAGUCAUGUGGGACACUAGCUCAUAUGGCUAUGGUGACCUGUUCAGUGAGACAUGGAAGGCAUUUACUGACUAUGAAAUAAUUCACCUGAAAACCUUUGACUCUAAAAGGGUGUGCUUUAAAGAAGCYGUGUUCUCUUUGCUGCCUCGGAUGCGAUACGGAUUGUUCUAUAACACUCCUCUGAUCUCUGGCUGUCACGGUACGGGGCUGUUCCGAGCGUUUUCUCAGCACGUGUUGCACAGAUUAAAUAUUACACAAGAAGGACCCAAGGAUGGGAAAAUUCGAGUCACCAUCCUCGCACGCAGCACAGAUUACCGGAAAAUAUUAAACCAGAAUGAGCUUGUGAAUGCCUUGAAAACAGUGUCAACACUGGAGGUCAAAGUGGUGGACUACAAAUACAAGGAACUUGAAUUUUCGGAGCAAUUGAGAAUUACCCACAACUCUGAUAUAUUCAUUGGGAUGCAUGGAGCUGGCCUGACCCAUCUGCUCUUCCUCCCAGACUGGGCUGUUGUGUUUGAGCUAUACAACUGUGAGGAUGAACGUUGUUACCUGGAUUUGGCAAGGCUGAGAGGCAUUCAUUACAUCACUUGGAGGAAAAGGAAUAAAGUGUUCCCUCAAGAUCAGGGACACCACCCAACACUGGGAGAACAUCCAAAAUUUACAAAUUACUCCUUUGAUGUGGAAGAAUUUAUGUAUUUGGUGCUUCUGGCUGCAAAUCAUGUUUCACAGCAUUCAAAGUGGCCGUUUAGGGUAAAACAUGAUGAAUUCUAAAUUAGACUUCUGACUGAAAUACUGUUUUUUAAUUAAUCACACAAUGGCCUGAGUUGGAAGGGAUUUUAAAGACCAUCUCAUCCCACCCCCUGCCAUGGCAGGGACACCUUCCACUGUCCCAGGUUGCUCUGAGCACUGUCCAGCCUGGCCUUGGACACUUCCAGGGAUCCAGGGGCAGCUACAUCUUCUCUGUUGUGCCCUGUUUGAGGCCCUCACCACCCUCACAGUAAAGAAUUUUUUCCUAAUACCCAACCUGAACCUACUCCCUGUCAGUUGGAACCCAUUCCCCCUUGUCCUCUCACUACCUGCCCAUAAAUAAACAAAUUUCCCCCAUGAGGGAAAUAACCCAUUAUUAAUUUGUCAGACCACUUCUUAGCACCAUACCUUGUCUUUAUAAUCCCUUUCUAAUCUCAGAGGUUUUGAUAUGUAAAAACUAUUUUUCAGACCUCUUUAUGGAUUUUUUGCACUGYAUUUUUGCAUUCCAAAUUCUGAAAUAGUCAUCUUUAUAUAARGAUAUGUCCACCCAUUUCAUGUAAGGUUUUCUGGGGUAAAUCCAGGGUCAGCAGACACUGCAAGUUUCUACUUUAAAUUUAGGAACUUUUUCAUGUUAGAGAGCACCGUCUGUGAUUUUGAAUUUAAAUAUGAACUUUGACUCUUCUCCCUAUAGCUACAAAUUCUCCAAUAAAACAGGUCUGCACAGUAGGUUCAGUCAGUCUUCUGUCUCAGAGCAGGUAAAUAUUUUGCUAAGUGAAUACUUAAAAUGUCAGGUAAUCUGGGCGUUUUCCUACUUUUUCACAUAAACCAGCACUAUGCAUUGGAAAACUUGAGCAAACUGGAAUAAAACUUGAGUUUUUUGAGGAUUCUAAAGGGAAUGGGCUUCUAGUUUUUUUAAAUGACAAAUGAUGAGGUAUGUAGGGUGUGUUUCAGCUGCAGCUAAAAGUAAUUCAUGAGGAACCUUGUUCUUGGAGUCACUAAAAGUCUUAACUGUUCAUAUUCUUGUUUCCUCAAAAUGUUGAAGAGUUAAUCCAGAAAACYUGUUAAAUGAAAUCUUUCCAAAGCCAGUAGCACAGUUCACUGUUUUCAGUGAAUAUUAAGCCAAAGCUGAGUUCUUUUUGAAAUUCCCCCUGGAGCUGGGAUGUUCUAGUGGGGAAAAUAUAGGUUGUAGUUCUGUUGUCUUAAGUGGGGCCAGAAGGAUGUGUAGAAUCAAGAUCAUUGAGAUAAAAACCAGGAGUUCAGUGUUAAAUUAUGGAUUUUUGGGGAAUGUAUCCCCAUGCUGCACUUACAAUUCAGCCAUACAGUCCCAGUGGCUCGGAGCAGGCACACAUUUGUAUGGAAAAGCAGGAGAGUUCUGGUAAAUACAAACAUUUCACCAGUCUAAUUGUGGGUGGUAUUGACUUGCCUUCCUCUGCAAUUUCACAGAGUGUAGGUGCAUUUACUGACCUGUCUGUACUGGUAGGGAUGAGUUACUGUAAGCACAGUCUUCAUAUAGAUCUCUCAUGACCUUAAUCAGUGUGUAGGGGUAGCUGGCUAGAGUUGAGACCUUCAUAUAUUUUGUGUGUGUGGUGCAAUUCUUCCUGGAGAGUGUUGUUUUACUGAGGGAGAAAACCCUUUCACUUUAAAGAACCAUAGAAGCAAAAUUGCACUUCUUCAUAGGAGGGAAAAAAAAAGCCCUUGAGCAAUGCCAUUUCCUGUAUUUGUAUGUGUGUGUGUUGGGGUUUUUACUUUGUGGGAUUUUUAAAAUAAAAAAAUGUUUAAAACUAAAGUCAGUAAAAUGCCUGAGUUUGAAUGAAACCAAGUCAAAGUAAAGAAGACAUUUAAUUAUGAACUGUGCACAUAAUUUUUUUAAUAAAAAGCUUUUUAAUUAAAAAAAAGUGUAAAAUCAUUGGUCAUAGUUUGCCAGAUUUUAGAGGCAAAUGUUUUAAAUAGUAUUAAUUGCAUGGAGUCACGUGUCUCUGCUUUCUCCUGCCCUGACAGCCUGAUGUCUUCAAGUCCAAAGUGAUGUUCAGGUCUAUUUAUUUGGGAAUCAUUCAGAGGUAAUGCUGCCAUCCUGCACUGCUGGCCUYAGUGCUGGGCAUUUGAAGAUUGUUUUUUGAGAAUCUUUGUAUGUAUUUAACUUCCUGUGGUGCAGGUGACGCUGCUGAAGGCAGUGAGUGAGUGCUUGAGUCUGCACAGAAACAGCUAAUGAGGAGCUGCUCUUUCAAGUGAUCACUAAAACAAAUGGUUGAACAUAUGUGUGGGGGAGAGGCUGCAGGGACUUAAUCCAAGGGCAAAAUAACCUGCCAACAUUCACCAGUUUCAGCAAAUUUGAGUGCAGUGUCAACAGUUGAUGGCMAACAUGUUAUUCAGCCUUUAUGGCUUAAUAUUGCUGCGAUGAAAAUGCUGUUUGUGUUGAUUGACUUUACAAACAGUCACGAAAUUUCCUUGGCAGCAGAAGGAAGUUUGGUUGGGUUUUUGGGUUUUGCCAAUAAAUCCUGGAGGAGUUUGGACAACAGCAAAGGUCAGGCUUGUGACUUAAAGAGUAUCUGGGCCAUCCUGGUCUGUCUGGAAGCUGGAAUUUGAGGGCAUCUAUAAGACUUUUGGGCCACUUGUUCUUAAGGCCGGAUAUAGUUUUGGGUUAURUUUUCCUAACAGACCAUGGGAAUCUUGAUCCUUUCUAUGUCUUAUUUUUAAAUUUUUUUUUAUUGAGCUCUGCAGUUUGCCCUUUAUCAAGUUUAAAGUCUGUGUUUAAGUGGCACGUUGGAUCACUGUGAUGAAUUCAGUUUUGGGAUUUCAUGUGAUGUUGCCAAUCCUGAAUGCUUUUGGGAUUGCCUGUGUUUAAUGUACAACGUAAACCGAGAGCUGGAUUUGGAAUAAAAAAUAAUUUAUGGAUGCAUGUGGUUUCUUUC